AUGUGGUUUUUCAUGAAGAUAUUUUUCCUUUCCGAAUUCUGCUUCCAUGUCUCGGAGAUGAUAUCGACACUACUCGUAAAUUUCUGUCAGAAGAAGACUUGUCUUCUGAAGGAAACUAUAUUAUUACCUCCUCUUCGCCACAAGCAGACAUUACAUGCAGCAUCACCUUUGCCAAAUGAAGAGCAUUCCAUUGGCCAUCCAGUUGAGGAGGAUUUCAUUGAAGAUGAACCUCAAGUGAACAAUUCCAUAGAACCUCCACAUAUUGAGGAAACUUCGACAGACGUGCUACAUGAGCCACCUCGACGAUCUGGUCGGGUCACUCGCCCACCAACUUGGACAAAAGACUAUGUCUGUACUUCAUCAAAGUCCUCAGGUACUCGUUACCCUAUAUCCUCCUACGUGUCUUUUAAUCAACUGUCACCAGACCAUUUCUGUUGCAUUAGUCGCAUUUCUGAGGAAGUAGAACCAUCUAAUUAUCAUGAGGCUGUACAUGAUCCACGAUGGCAAAGAGCCAUGGAAGAAGAACUUAAGGCGUUGAUUAAAAAUCACACCUGGGAUGUCGUGUCCUUACCUUCUCAUCGUAAAUCCAUUGGCUGUAAAUGGGUAUAUAAAAUCAAAUAUAAAGCAGAUGGUUUACGUGGAAAGAUACAAGGCCGGUUGGUGGCCAAAGGCUUUACACAACGAGAAGGAUUCGACUACCAUGAGACCUUCUCUCCGGUAGCCAAGGCGAGUCACGGUUCGUUCCUUCUUAUACGUUUCUUGCUCUUCGCAAUCGGUCACUACAUCAGAUGGACGUCCACAAUGCCUUUCUUCAUGGCGAAUUGGAAGAAGAGAUCUAUAUGGAUCUUCCCCAUGGAUUACGGAGACAGGGGGAGUCUAAGCCAAAGGAAAUUUGUGAUGGAGAUCGUGUCAGAAUCGGGAUUAUCAGGAUGCAAACCGUCAGUCAUUCCCAUUGAACAGAAUACAAAGUUAACCAGUGUUGAUUAUGACGCUGGAAUGUCUUCUUCUGAUGAUUUAUUACUGAAGGACCCAAUAAGCUAUCAGAGACUUGUUGGAAAGCUUAUCUAUCUUACCAUGACUAGGCCAGAUAUACGCUUGUGCCGCGAGACUCUUAGUCGGUUCAUGCAUAGUCCAAAGCAAUCUCACAUGAAUGCGGCCUUGAAGGUGGUAAAGUAUCUGAAGAAAUGUCGAGGGCUAGGGAUACUUCUUUCUCAAAAAUGCAAUAUGGAGAUGAUGGCCUUUUGUGAUUCGGAUUAUGCUACAUGCCCCAUGAGUAGAAGAUCCAUUACCGGUUUCUGUAUUAAGCUUGGGGAGUCAUUGCUUUCAUGGAAGACGAAGAAGCAAUCCACGGUAUCUUUAUCAUCAGCAGAAUCUGAAUAUCGAUCCAUGGCGAAAACCCAAAUCCCAUAUUACAUGAGAGGACGAAACAUAUAG